CCUCGUUCAUUAUAGCCAAACUUUCCAAGAUGGUUCACGUAGAAAAGUCUUUCUUUGGCACCACAAAGGAUGGAAAAAAAGUUGAUAAAUACACUCUCAUUAACGAGAAAGGAGUCGAAGUAGAGGUGAUAUCUUUCGGGGCAGUUACUGUGGCUAUUAAGUGUCCAGAUAAAGAUGGAAAGAUUGAUGACAUCUUACUUGGAUAUGAUACUCUUGAAGGAUAUCUUAGCAACGCUCCUUAUUUUGGUGCAACUGUUGGUCGUGUUGCAAACAGGAUUGCCAAUGCAAAGUUUACCCUUGAUGGUAAGGAAUACCAUUUGGCAGAUAAUGAUCCACCUAACAGCUUACAUGGUGGAUGGAUAGGAUUCAACAAGGUGUUAUGGGAGGGUAUCAUGGGAAGUGACCAUGUGACCUUCAAGUACACAAGUGCUGAUGGAGAAGAGGGAUAUCCUGGAGAGCUGAAAGUAUCAGUUACAUAUACGCUGACAGAGGAGAAUGAGUUGAAGAUAAGCUACAGGGCCACAACAUCAAAGCCAACACCAGUCAACCUUACCAACCAUUCAUACUUUAACCUUGGUGGUCAGACCACCAAAGAUGUGCUGGACUACAUGCUGUGGAUUGAUGCUGAAUCAUACCUGCCAACAAAUGAGGUUCAGAUUCCAACAGGUGAAAUACGACCAGUAUCUGGUGCACCAGAUGGUGCUCUUGAUUUUAGGACUCCCAAGCCGAUAGGACGGGACAUCAAUAAGUUAACUCCACCAGGAUAUGACUUCACACUAUGUGUUUCAAAUGGAGAAGGCUGCAAGGCAAGAGCAAUUCAUCCCACAAAUGGGCGUGUACUUGAGGUCUACACGGACCAACCUGGUGUACAACUCUACACAGGCAACGGCCUAGAUGGUAACAUUGGUAAAGGUGGAUUGCACUACAAAAAGUACUCUGCCGUCUGUCUUGAGAUGCAGAACUACCCCAAUGCAAUCAACCAGCCAAAUUUUCCCAAUUGUGUGCUACGUCCUGGUGAGGAGUACAAGCAAGAAAGUGCUUACAAAUUCUUAGUGAACUCCUAAUUGGAUGGACAGACAGACAGACAGAUAUACCACAGAGAAAUGCACACAAGAUAAACAGAGAGUAAAAGAUGAGUAACAAUUUUUAGAUAGAAUUAUAGAAUAAAUAACAAUUGAUAAUAGAAGCAUCAUGCUUUAUAUUUGAAAUCUCAGUAAAUUCAUAAAGUGAACAUGAAUUUUUUUAGUAAUUUUAG